AUGACCGCCACACUGACCAUUCCCAUGGGAUUCGGCGCGCAAAUCAAAGCGCUCCAAGAGGGCCAGCGCGAUCAAGCUGAACGCAUCGCCGCACUCGAGCGCGAGAAUGCGAAACUGAGAGCCUCCAAGGAGCAGCCGCCUGACUUGCUCGCCCGCAUCGAAGCCCUGGAGCAGCAUAACGCGCACCUCACCGCGCGCCGCAAAGAAGCAGUCGCUCAACUUCUCAACCUGCGCACCCUCCACCAAGAAGCCAGCAACGCGUUCCUCGUCCGCGCGUCUGACAUCGAGUCCGAUGACCUUGAGGGCAUGCUGGGUGUAUACGGUACCUCCAUGACGACCGUCAUCAACCAACACCAGCGCGCGCUCGGUCAGAUGCGCAUGAACGGCCAGAUACUCGCGUAUGCUACAGGUGUACCUCAAGGUGUGGGUUGCUAUCCGGUCAACUACGCUUAUCCACCAAACUAUAACCAGUCAGGGUACUGCCACGCUCAUCAGCUUCCUUACCCCUGCCGUGUUUGCGGUCAGUAG